CGUGAGGUCAGGGGCGGGAUCGCUGCCAGGAGACGGCGGGAGCGGUUUCGCCAUGGCUGCCGGGCCCAUCUCGGAGAGGAACCAGGAUGCCACUGUGUAUGUAGGGGGCCUGGAUGAGAAGGUCAGCGAGCCCCUGCUGUGGGAGCUGUUUCUCCAGGCGGGGCCGGUGGUCAACACCCACAUGCCGAAGGACAGGGUCACUGGUCAGCACCAAGGCUAUGGUUUCGUGGAGUUCUUGAGUGAGGAAGAUGCUGACUAUGCCAUUAAGAUCAUGAACAUGAUCAAACUCUAUGGGAAGCCAAUUCGGGUGAAUAAGGCAUCAGCUCACAACAAAAACCUGGAUGUGGGGGCCAACAUUUUCAUUGGGAACCUGGACCCGGAGAUUGAUGAGAAGCUGCUUUACGAUACUUUCAGCGCGUUUGGGGUCAUCUUACAAACCCCAAAGAUUAUGCGGGACCCUGACACAGGCAACUCCAAAGGUUAUGCCUUUAUUAAUUUUGCUUCAUUUGAUGCUUCGGAUGCGGCGAUUGAGGCCAUGAACGGGCAGUACCUCUGUAACCGCCCGAUCACUGUGUCCUACGCAUUCAAGAAGGACUCCAAGGGUGAGCGCCAUGGCUCAGCGGCUGAGCGACUUCUGGCAGCCCAGAACCCACUCUCCCAGGCUGACCGCCCGCAUCAGCUGUUUGCAGAUGCUCCGCCUCCACCCUCUGCUCCUAAUCCUGUGGUGUCCUCACUGGGGUCUGGCCUUCCUCCACCAGGCAUGCCUCCUCCUGGCUCCUUCCCACCCCCAGUGCCGCCUCCUGGAGCCCUUCCACCUGGGAUACCCCCGGCCAUGCCGCCGCCACCUAUGCCUCCUGGGGCUGGCGGCCAUGGCCCCCCAUCCGCAGGAACCCCAGGAGCUGGACAUCCUGGACAUGGACAUUCACAUCCGCAUCCAUUCCCGCCGGGCGGAAUGCCCCACCCAGGGAUGUCUCAGAUGCAGCUGGCUCAUCAUGGGCCUCAUGGCUUAGGACACCCGCAUGCUGGGCCCCCCGGCUCUGGGGGGCAGCCACCACCCCGACCACCACCUGGAAUGCCUCAUCCUGGACCUCCUCCAAUGGGCAUGCCUCCCCGAGGCCCCCCAUUUGGAUCUCCCAUGGGUCACCCAGGUCCUAUGCCUCCACACGGCAUGCGCGGCCCUCCUCCCCUGAUGCCACCUCAUGGAUACACCGGGCCCCCGAGGCCCCCGCCCUACGGCUACCAGCGUGGGCCCCUUCCUCCACCCAGGCCCACCCCCCGGCCUCCAGUUCCCCCUCGUGGCCCACUUCGAGGCCCUCUCCCUCAGUAAUUUCUUAUUGUCUUUCUUUCCUCCUGUUAUAUUCUCCCACUGUCUUUUUCAGUUCCUUGGACCAAUUGGAGUUGCUGUAGCUCCCUGGGGCUAAAGUACUAAUUCUUCUUAGGCCUUUUUUAAAUACAAAUCUUUUCACAGGAGGUUUUAUUAUUUUUUUCUAUGUUGGUCCUGAGUGUUUUACAAAUGCACAGAGAAAGUAAAGUCAAGCUUCUUGUU